AUGAUGACCCCCUUGAAUAUUGCCUUGAUUCACCCUGAUCUGGGCAUCGGCGGAGCAGAACGUCUAGUGGUAGAUGCGGCCAUUGGCCUUCAGGAUCAAGGGCAUCGUGUUACUAUCUAUACUAGCCACUGCGACAAGAACCACUGUUUUGAGGAGAUCAAACGCGGGGAUUUAAAGGUCGUUGUUGUGGGUGACUUCCUACCGACAAAUAUUCUUGGGAAGUUCUUUAUCCUGUGCGCCAACUUGAGACAGCUCGCUCUGGUGUUCAAGCUGGUGAUCAACGGCAGCAUUGAUAAGCACGAUUUGUUCAUUGUGGACCAGCUUUCGACAUGCGUUCCGCUACUGCACCUAUUCAGCGCUUCCGGUCGUGUGUUAUUCUACUGCCAUUUUCCCGAUCAGCUGCUGGCACAACGCAAGAGUCUGGUAUCGAAGCUGUACCGGGUACCGUUUGAUCUGCUAGAGCAGCUCACAAUGGGAUGUAGCGACUCAGUUGUGGUAAAUUCGUAUUUCACUCGUUCUGUCUUCUUUGACACCUUCAAGAUACUGAGAUUAAACCCCCGUGUGGUAUACCCAUGUGUGGCCAUGGACGAACUUCCAAUAGAAAAGAUAGAUAUUGGAUUCUAUGACCAGAUUAUUGGGCCAAACAAUAGGUACUACCUAAGCAUAAAUCGGUUUGAGAGAAAGAAGGACAUUGCGCUAGCCCUUAAUGCCUUCAAGGCUUCUAAAGAGGGCCAUAGUAGUGAUACAAAACUAAUAAUAUGUGGAGGAUACGACAGCCGAGUGGCGGAAAAUGUGGAAUAUCUGAGCGAACUACAGCUUAUUUGCGAGAAAGCAAAUAUAGCACAUGUAACUAUAUUCUACAGCGAGUUUAGCAGAACUCCUGAGCAUUAUACUUUUCCUACCGGCGUGAGGGAGAAGAAGGUUAUAUUUCUGGCAUCUAUAUCGUCGUCACUAAAGGAAUUGCUCCUUAAGAAAGCCCAAUUAUUGCUGUACACGCCCUCCCGUGAGCAUUUCGGGAUCGUGCCACUGGAAGCUAUGAAGCAUGGUACUCCCGUGUUGGCUGUGGAUAACGGUGGACCGCUGGAAACAGUUGUUACUCUCAAGAGUGAUAAUCAAGAUACCGCUACCGGAUGGCUGAGACGUGCGGACGCUGGAAUAUGGGCAGAAGCUAUCGACGAGCAGGCAGAGUAUGUCAAGAAAAAUCCAGGCAUCUUCGCUACUAACGGGCCGAAAUGGGUCAAAGACAAGUUUUCCCGUGAUGCUAUGACAAGCUCAUUUUUGCACAACAUAGAUAAUAUUUUCAUGACUGAUAGAGUAAUUCAGCCGUGGGCUGUCAUGGUGAUCCUCGCUGCGAGCUACAUCCUGUGGCGUUCAUCUCACGUUUUUGGUGAUGCAUGUAGAUACAUAUAUCUCCUCACAGGUGGUAUCCUUGUUCUACGUUCGAGAUAUCUGCUUGCCAUCUUCUGGGUCCUUCUGUUCGUAAUGCAGCCGCAGCUGUCCGUUGGUGUUGACACAAUAACUGCCACAUUGAAGCCAAAACUAUAG